AUAAAAAGAAAAAAAAAAGGGAAAGGAUGUGGGAGAAGAAAGAUGGGUAUAGUAGUGGAAAUCAUGUUGACCCCCCAACACUAUUCUAUUCUCCAUUCGAACUUUUCUUUUAUUUUCUCUACAAAUCUCUCAACAGAGUUCCUCUGUUCCUCUCUCUCUCUGCUUUUCUAAUUAAUCGUUUCAGUUUUGCUGAUGGAUUCUUGGAGCUAUGGAACCUCCUUUCUUCCUUCUGAUUCCUUUCCUGAGAAUCCAAGAUCCUUGGCUCAGGGACUCUCUAAUGAAUUUGACAAGGUUGAUGAUGUUAAUGGACUCCAAGAUUUCAAACUUAGGAGUUUUAUGGAUUACGGGAACUAUGAUGGUUCUAGAGCUAAAAAGCCUCGAGCUUCUUCAAGCUCUCCCUUGUGUCAAGUCCAUGGGUGCAACAUGGAUCUCAGCUCUUCGAAAGAUUACCACAAAAGGCAUAGAGUUUGCGAGGCUCACUCAAAGACUUCUGUGGUUAUCGUUAACGGUGUUGAACAGAGGUUUUGCCAACAGUGCAGCAGGUUUCAUUUCCUCUCGGAGUUUGAUAAUGGGAAAAGAAGUUGCAGAAGACGAUUAGCUGGUGACAAUGAGAGAAGAAGGAAGCCUUCUUUCUAUUUCCGGCAUAAGCUUCUUCCUCAAGGUACAAACUCUCUGGCAGGUAACAAGGUUCAUGGUAGGCUCGUGAGUUUCAAAGAUGAACCUAUGUUUCCUGAGGAAAACAUGAGUUUUUAUUCACCGGAAGCAGCAGCUUCUUCUGGUGUAUCUUCGAUUUGGGACUUGCAUGAGGCUGGGCCGCCACGUUCUACUUGUGCUCACUCCCUUCUGUCAGCUCAGUCCCAACAAUGCUUGUCUGAAACUAGUCCAAACAAAAGUUUCUCAAUCACUCAACCAAACCAAACUCUCAAUCACUCAACAAUAGGCUAUCAUCAGAUGCAACCACCACCGUUGAGGACUGUUUCAUCAUCCACAGUUGAUCUACAGCAACUGUCAUCGCAUCUUCAGAGAAUCGAGCAACAACAGAGGAGUUUUACUAAUGAUGAUGUGAAGCAGGAGUAUAAUAACGAGCUUUAUUUCCCCUAGCUCCUAAUAGGAGGGGAAUAAAGAUUAAGUCUGCAUGGUUAGAUUAGUAGAAUAAAGAUUAAGUCUGGUUACAAGUGUUUUUGUAUCUGAUCUGAUCUUGUGUAUUAUUAUUAUUCACCAGUCUGAAAUAAAAAAAAUGUUUCAGAUAUCUAUGCCUGCUUAUUUCACAGUGUUUCAGUCCUUUUGUUUUUUUUGUUAUUUUUCAGACAGUUUGUAUAUAACGAUGUGAUGAAUAUUCGCUGUAAAAGGUAAUUUGCUCUUUUAUUUGGUUCUA